CUCAUGGUAUCUAUGGAAUCCGUAGUAGGUUUUUGGUCCGUGACGUCUUCGAGCAUAUCUAUACGUCGUAUGUGCACAUUGUAUCUGCAUUGCGAAUGAAUAAUAGUAAUAAAGUUGUGGAUAAUUAAUAUUGCACUAAAUAAAAUAUAAACUUGAAAACAAUUACAAACGUUGCUCAAAAACUAACACGUUGAUACGUUAUCGAAACUUUAUUAUUUUGCGUAUUACAUUUUACAUAUUUUUUUGUUUUAUUGAUUAGUAAAUUUAGCAAAGAUUUUUAAGUGAUUAAAGUGCCCAUUGUUGGGAAAAAAAUCGCAAAAAUUGCAUACAUUUCGCGAGAAGAUAUGCCAGAUAGUGGUGCUGUUUAUCAACCCACGACAGUGGGUUAUACAUAUGAUAGCGGAGGUGAUGGUACUGGAGGUGGUGGAGGUUUAAGAAGUGGUUUCUGGAGAAUCAUAUCCAGACAUAAACUUAGUUCUAGAAAAUGGUUCGAAUGGGUAUUACUUUCGGUCGCUUUGUCGUUUUUUAUUGCUGGCCUAACAACAAUGUUGGUCAGUUUUGUAUCUGAUGACACAUCACAGGAAAAAAAAGUAGAGAUAAAGGUGAAUGAACAUUCAACAACAUCUGCAACAAAUAUCGAAGAACAUGUUGAAGAUGCUGCAAAAAGUUCUAUAGCAUUAGGUGCUGGUAUGAUGCUAAUAGGACUCAUAUUGGGCUUUGCCUGGGCAUGGCUUCGUUUCUUCCAUCAUGGCAAAUCUGCAAGAAGUGGAAUGGUUGGAAGCGGCGGUCAGAUGUUGGGCGGUUUGAAUCCAUCAACUGACUUGCUGGUGGGUUCCACUUCGCAGUACGGGCCAGUACUCACAGAGCUGCCGAGUCAACUGAAGCUGAAACAAACAAGUCCUCAUGAUGCUUCAGCAAUACCACUUUCUGAUCAAGAGGAGGAAACACGUACUUUAAUGCAGGAUUCCACAAUUCCUUCAGCUGUAUCUUCUGGCCCUAAUACCAUUGCUAAUCAGAUUCCAGGUUGAGUACAAAAGCUAAAUCUGUCAAUGUGUAGUUGAAACACAUGAUAUGGACAUUCUUUUAAUUUUAUGUGAAUUAAUACGAAUCACAAUCUCUGCCAUUUAUCAUUUACCUGAUUUAUUUACAAACAAGAUAAUUACGCUCUUUAGCUUUCUCCAGUAGCAAUUUUAAUCAAUAUUAGUUCUGUAAAUUCAAUUCCAUUCUUUACCUAAGUAAUUUUAAAAUGUAAAAAGUUUCAUUUCUGUAGAUUAUUGGCACAAGUUUUAGCAUAAGGUUUCAUGUAUUAUACUUGUCUGAGUUUUAAAUUUUAUCCCUGGCUUUUACCUGUGCAUUCCUCCACUCCGUCCAUUAUAAUUGGUAAUAUUUUAGAUAAGCAUUGGAUCCAGAUAUUAUUAAUAGAAGCCUUUUAAAACACUGGAUUGAAAUAUUUUUUUUCUACUUUUCAAUAUUAUGUGGAUCAAUUAUAUCUUUUGUAGUAAUACUAACACCAAUCUUUUUCUUAUUAGUAUAAUGGUAAUUUUUUCUUUACAUAAGUAUAUUAUUGGUCAGAAAUUGGAUCAAUUACGAAUACGUAUAUAAAUAAACGAUUAUUCUAUCUAAAUUAAAUAUGAUGGCAACAUUCAUUGUGACUGACAAUAUCUAUGAUAAAAUAUUCGCUCAACUAUAUGUACAUGGGAAAAAUGAGCUAUAA